CGCGCAUGCGCUAUAGAUGAUUAGAAGGGGGUGACGCUCACUUGUGCUCCAUUACCUAUCACCAAAAAGUCGUGUUACAAUCAAGUUAGUUGGGUGUUUAUUAAUCAAAUAUGGUUCUCCGCAGGUGUCUGGGCGCUUUUAGAGCUCACUACCGACUGCUAUGGAACAGCAAUGUCCUUCUAAGUGCCUCUGACGCGAGCAGACGGACAUUGUCCAGUGUUUACACGCGGCCAUGUUGCACCAAGUUGUGGCUCGGGACCCGCAGCGUGGCCUCCGUGACAGCGAGCACAGAUGUGACUUAUGACCAGCUGAGGCGGCUCCUGGCCGGUGGCAAGGCUGUUGUUAUAGACGUCAGAGAACCGUGGGAGCUCCGAGAGUUCGGCAUCAUCCCUGGAUCCAUUAACGUCCCCCUGGGCCAAGUGAACGCAGCCCUGCAGCUUGUUCCCGAAGAGUUCAGGGAGCAGUAUGGCGGUGAGAUGCCUGGACAAGCAGACAACGUAGUGUUCACUUGCCUGAAAGGCAUCCGGAGCAAGACUGCACUAGACACAGCCACCUCGCUGGGAUACAAAGAUGUCCAGCAUUACCCAGGUGGAUGGCAAGACUGGGCUAAAAAUGAACAUCAUAAGUGAAGGUUCAUUUAAGAUUCAAGCUUUUUUUUUUUUUUUUUCUUUCUUGGAAAUGAUAGGUAUCUCCGUUAUCUGCAAUGAAUGGUUUGAUUUGUCUUUGAACUUAUCACUCAGUAAAUUUGAAAUGUUUGAAUCACAAGACAUAUGACAUUUAAGGGCUCAACACACACACACUAAUUACUAAUACUACUGCAAUAAUACAUGACGUCAUUGUUCCUUUUUGUUUUGCCUAUUUGAGUUGAAAAACAUAUAACACUACCUGUAAAAGAACAAACGACUGUUUUUUACGACAGUAGACAUUUGUUUUGGUCCAUUUGUUUUGUCAAAGUUUCACAUUUUGAUUUAAAAAAAUAUUGCCCUGUUAUGCAAAACAACAAAAGUCCACUUUAGUGAACGCUGGUUCUCAAUAGGUUAUAGAAAAUAUGUAUUUGUGAUCAUCAGAAGAUGCCAAUGUUUUCUAUUAUGCCUGGACUUUAAUUCAAGGUUUAUAAAUAAUGGUGUAUGAUUCAGUGUUAAAAUAAUGUCUAAUAUUAAAGAAUGUGAAUAAAUGUUGCAUGUUGUAUGUAAAACGUCAGUCUUUCCCAAUGUAUUCCAUCCUAUUGUGAAUAAAUUACAGUUUUAAAUUA